CCUCGUGCGAUGGGAUCGCCAUAGCCGGGUUCCCUCUCUCACAGCUGCCCGUGGAGCUUCUUAGGGCAGUGAAUCCUCCAUUGCGAUGCUUGCCGGGGAUCAAUCCGCGUGGAUGCCGCCUUGUUCUUGCGGCCAAUCCAGGGAGGGAUGGGAUUUCCUUGGAGGAGGGAUGGAUCGAGGAAGAUUUGGACGCCGCGGGCCCAGCGAUUCUCGCGUUCUUGGAGAGUGACUACAAUGCCAUUGCGAUCGUGGAGCUGCCGAGGGAUUCGCUGGCUGAUUUCGCUGGGGCAAGAUUGCUGCUGCUCGAUCAAACAGGAUCUUUGUCAAUGCAGGAGAUCCUCACAGCGUUUACAUGGAGGAUUCGAUGUGGGUUGGAUACUACUGGGAUGAGUUCUCCUCGCUUCCACCGAUCAUUCCGGAAGGUCCCAUUGCAAUUCUCGGAUUGGGAGGUGGCACUGCUGCUCGAUUACUGCUCCAUUUGUGGCCCCAGCGAGAAUUGAUAGGCUUUGAGAUCGAUGAACUCCUGAUUGAAAAGGCGAGAGAAUAUCUUGGCCUGUCCGAGCUGGAAGGCGAGAAUGAACACGGUGGCGGACUGAAAAUUCAUAUCGGAGACGCUUUCUCGGAUGCCAGUGAUCCCGACGGAGGAUUUGCAGGCAUUGUCGUGGAUUUGUUCUCAAACGCGGAGGUUUUGCCAGAGCUGCACGAGGUGGAGACAUGGUUGAAACUCCGGAAGAGAUUGAAACCGGGAGGCCGGAUCAUGAUCAACUUCGUGGAGAAAAGGAAGCUCCAUGGAGAUCAAAACAAGCACAACAUUCUACGUGCAAUGUCUAAAGCAUUUCCAGGCGAGGUGAACUGGCGAAAGAUUGAUCGAAUUAACAACAAAAUGGCUUUCACGGGUCCUCUCCCGGAUCUCGAAAAAUGGUCUCAGGCUCUUCCCGAGAGGCUACAAAAAGGCACACUCGAAUGGAAAGCUUUCGAUUGACAAGCCUUCUCUCGGGAAAGAAAAAAAAAAAAAAAAUCAAUCUCGUCUCGGGGUGGAAAGAAUCUGCCCGAUAAUCGCAUUCACCUUCACACAACCAGCGUAAGCACAAGAGAAAAAAAAAAGAGAGCUCUUUCGUGGAGC